CUUAUUAAAUAGUUUGGUAUGACCAGAGUUGAACAGAAUUAUAAUGGCCGGAGUGGGGAACGAAAUCAAGGUAACAUGCACCAUCCCAGGGGGACUACGAAUACUCAGCCAGGAAACAACAGAAAUUACCAGAAGAAGAGUGUCUUCGAAGAGUACUGGAGUUUCUCUGUGGUUAAUAAAGGCAUUGAAAAUGGAGACGUGUACAAGGAUACUGUGAGAAUCAAUGCGAAGAAUUUUGAAGAGGCUUUUGUCGAUGACCCGGAAGGUGGUGAUGAUGUCCUUCUAAAUGGGAUCCGAGCGAGGAACAGAGCCUUCCAUGACGACAUUGUAGCAUACAUCAUCAACCACAAGACCAACUGGCUCGUGCAAUUUCAACGCCUCUUGUCCAAGCAUCCCGAAUUUGAGAAGAUCUACCGCGACAUGAAAGCGCCCUCGAAGCCACCUCUCGAAUGGGACGGAGACCCUGACGAUCCUCAGACAGCAACAAGUUCCUCAGAGUCCGAUUCCAGCCUAACAACUCCUACGAAGAACUCCGAAGGUGACAAGGUCAGAACUUCGAGCGCGCAAAAACGAGGAAAAAGCAACCCUGGUUCAGAGAGAAACUGUCUUUUGGCAUCACUUAAGACGACUGGAGAUAAUAAGGAUGAUAAAGAGAAUGAUUCUCAGUCUGAAAAAGACAUACCAUUGAUAAGCAGAGCAUCUAAAGACUACACUGAAACCGCAAAGAUUGAUUCUAAGUUGGAAAAAAUAUCCAUUAAUAGCGAGAAAGAUUCUAGAAAAGGGAAGUCUAUGGAUGUUACCAUGCCCAUGAAUAUUACGUGUACCGAGAUGAUGGAUUUGAUAAAGUUUGCAGGAGGUGAGUCCCCUAUACAACUGGACGAGUUCAUUGUCAAAACUGGGAAGGUAGUCAGGAUUCUUGAGAUGUGCCACUCACGACGCUGUGUCGGUAAGCUGAGACCCUUCCCUAGGGUCAACAUCCACAAUGCAAUGUUCUCACCCAUGGAUUCGAAAGUGCCUCGACUGAGGAUACCUCUAGUGGAGUGUCCCAAGGAUUUCCUCUCGGACCCUAAACAGUUUGAGAAUGUGUUGUUUGCAGCCAGGGUUGUCAACUGGAGGUCGGACGAUAUUUAUGCAGUAGGAUCUCUGACGAAGAAGAUAGGUGGCAACUCAAGUGCCCUGGAGGAUGAACUGGAAGUGCUUCUGGUGGAAAACGGAAUCACGUGGGACAGCCAGUUCCCUCCAGGUGUCGAAGCAACCUGCCAGCAGAUUCUGGGCUGCACUGAUGGAGCCGAGUGGGAGCCGACAGAAUACGACUUGAAAACGAGGCGAGACUUCCAGUCCACGACUGUGGUGAGCGUCGAUCCCCCCACCGCCCGCGAUCUAGACGACGCCUUGCAUUGUGUGGAGGUUGCGAGUGGAGUAUACGAAGUGGGAGUGCACAUUGCGGAUGUGAGUCACUUCGUCAAAGAAGGAACCCCGUUGGAUGACGAAGCGAGCAUGCGGACGACCAGUACCUACAUGCCGAACAGGGUCAUCCCCAUGCUACCGAGAGCAUUGUGUGAACACGUGUGCAGUCUACAGCCGAAUAAGUCCCGACUGGCGUUUUCCAUUGUGUUCACGAUGAACAGAGAGGGAGAGGUGCUCAAGCACUGGAUUGGAAAGAGUGUGAUCAAGUCUUGUUGUCAGAUGAGUUACGAUCAUGCUCAGAAAAUGAUAGAUGAACCAGACUGCACGAGUGAGGAUGUUCCCUCAGUACCCUCAGAGCACUUUGAGGCGGUGAAGGAGGCCAUCAUCAGACUACAUCUACUCGCACAGAACAUGAAAAAGGCCAGAUUCCACAGUGGUGCGCUAAAAAUACAAAAGAAGAAAUUGGGUUUUCUUCUGGACCCCCAGACGGGACAGCCGGGCAGUUUCUUCCACCACAGGGGAAUGGAGAGCCACUCGCUCAUAGAGGAGUUCAUGCUGCUAGCCAACAUCACAGUGGCCGAGAAGAUAUGCACUUCGAUGCCCGAGUUCGGAUUCUUGAGGCGACACGACUCUCCGAAACCGAACAUGCUCAAGAAACUGGAGAAGGAAUGCGAGCUGUUUGAAGUUGCGAUGGCGGAUGGAUCGAGCAGUGGCGGAAUCGCCGAGUGUCUGGACCUUCUCUACGACACUCUCAAGGACAAGGACGAGGGCAGGUACCUGUUCCUGGUCGAACAGUUCUCCAAGAAGAUGCAACUGGCCAAGUAUUUCUGCAUGGGAGCACAUGGCAGCAGAUCUCACAGUCAUUACGCGUUGAAUGUGGGCUGCUACACCCACUUCACAUCUCCCAUCAGAAGGUAUCCUGACGUGAUAGUGCAUAGACAGCUGUAUGCAGUGCUGUGUGCGGAGGGGCAGGGGCAGGGGGAGGGAGCAGAGAGUGACCGGGAGGACACUAUGUCCAAUGCCAGCUUCUCAUCCAGCUCACUCACUGAAGCGGAAGAUCCAGACUUCAAAUUCAACAUUUACUGCCAGCAACUCAGCCAAGAGAGAUCAGAUAAACAGAUAAAGAAGUUGGAAGAGAUAGCGCACCACUGCAACGUGAACAAAUUGGCGGCGAAGAGAGUGGGUGAGGGGAGCAUAGAACUGUUCUUCGCCUUCUUCGUGAGAGACAAUGGACCAAUCACAAUGCAGGGCACAGUUGUGGGUGUGUUGGAUCAGGCGGUCGAUGUGCUCCUGCAUGACUUGCACUCUGUCAAACGACUCUAUUUCCAGGAACAAGAGGGCUUUGACAUCACUCCCAUUAAACAUUCCUCUGUUCCUCAAAAGAACAAAGCGACGAUCAAGUUCCCUCCUUCAAAAGACCCAGAUGAGAGCAAAAAUUGUCACGAAAUUGAGCUGAAGAUCUUUGAACCUCUAAAAGUGUCUGUUUUUGUGCCCGAUAAAUCGGCAAAGCUCAAGUUGAAAUUCUGCCUAGACUGAAAAGAGGUUUGAUGUGUAUUUUCGCAGCUGGCAUUUUGAAACCUCAAAUAUUACUUUCUGUAAUAUACGUUGACUAUGAAACUGCUAUCCCUAAAAUUUAAUGUUGUUUACAUUGUUAUGAAUAUCUUAGUUGUUUUAAUUGGGUUGACGUCACUUACCAUAACACUCAUCGAGUAUUAUCCAACAUUUUGUCAAAGAUGUGUCGCUUAGCAUACUUGAAUUUAUUUCAGAAAAGAGUUGCCUUGCAAUCUUCAUUUAAUUUUAUCUUUAACGUAGUAUUUAG